GCCGGCGCGUGAGGAGGUUUAGUUGCUGCUGGGGACCAUCUGAGAGCACCCGGGCGUUGCUUUCCCUCAGGCUGCUGGCUUCAGUGUGGGUGAUGCCCAGCACAGCCAUGAAGAAAAAGGUGCUGUUGAUGGGAAAAAGCGGGUCUGGUAAGACCAGCAUGAGAUCCAUUAUCUUCGCAAACUACAUUGCCAGGGAUACGCGGCGUCUCGGUGCUACAAUUGAUGUCGAGCACUCCCAUGUUCGAUUUCUAGGAAACUUGGUGUUAAACCUGUGGGACUGUGGUGGACAGGACACCUUUAUGGAGAACUACUUCACCAGCCAGCGGGAUAACAUUUUCCGCAAUGUGGAAGUCCUGAUCUAUGUCUUCGAUGUGGAGAGCCGCGAGUUGGAGAAGGACAUGCAUUACUACCAGUCAUGCCUGGAGGCCAUUCUCCAGAACUCUCCCGAUGCCAAGAUCUUCUGCCUAGUGCACAAGAUGGAUCUGGUACAAGAGGAUCAGCGUGAUCUGAUUUUUAAAGAGAGGGAGGAGGACCUGAGGCGUCUGUCCCGUCCCCUGGAGUGUGCUUGCUUUAGAACAUCUAUCUGGGAUGAAACCCUUUACAAGGCUUGGUCCAGUAUAGUUUAUCAGCUGAUUCCUAAUGUCCAGCAACUGGAAAUGAACCUGAGGAACUUUGCUCAGAUUAUUGAAGCAGAUGAAGUUCUUCUGUUUGAAAGAGCCACUUUUCUGGUCAUUUCCCACUAUCAGUGCAAAGAGCAGCGUGAUAUCCACAGAUUUGAGAAAAUUAGCAACAUUAUCAAACAGUUCAAACUGAGCUGCAGUAAGCUGGCUGCUUCUUUCCAGAGCAUGGAGGUCAGGAACUCUAACUUUGCUGCUUUCAUUGAUAUCUUUACAUCGAAUACAUACGUGAUGGUGGUCAUGUCAGAUCCUUCCAUACCUUCUGCAGCUACACUGAUCAACAUCCGCAAUGCCAGAAAGCACUUUGAAAAGCUGGAGAGAGUGGAUGGACCAAAGCACAGUCUGCUUAUGCGUUGAGCGUUGGCCAGUCGUAUGAUCCUUGUGGGGAAAAAGUUGGAACUACAUUUUCUAGGAGAAUCUAACAAUGUGGGUGUCUUUGUGGGCUUUGAAAUGAGUGUGCUGCUUACCACUGCAAUCUUCGUUUUUUUUCUCCUUUUAACGUUGGACACUAGUCACUCAGAUGACGUCUGGAUAUACUGCGGACCUUCAAAAGAGACUUCCUGGCAUAUUAGGGAUUGGGAAGAUGUAAGGGCAGGUGAUGUGCACGUGGUCUGAUAAGGCUGGUUGCCAUAGUCACACACAAUGAAGCCUUUUGGUGUUUUGCUGUAUUCCAGAUUGCCACAUAAAUCACAAGGAUGGAAUACUUACUAUUUUAUCAGCAAGUUGCUAGAAUACAUUUAUAAAUUUCUCCUUGUCUUCAGUCAUGAAAAUAAAUUUUUGCUACCAGGGA